CGGAGUCCCGAGCGGUCGCGUGUCCCUGAGCGGUGUGGGCGCGUGCAGCCGUAGAAAUGCGGGGCGCGUGGGCGAUUGCGGCGGCGGCCGUGUUGGCGCUGGCGGCCUGCGAGCGACGCACCGACACCGACUUCGAGUUCGAGGAUGCUCCGGAUGUGCAGACGGUGCGUUCGCGACGCCCGCGCCGAUACAUCUACGACCCGCAAAGUCCUCUGUGUCACGAGCUGGUGUGCAAGAAACGCGAGGUGUGCCUGCUGCGCGAUGCUUUCACCGCGCAAUGCGCCUCCAAGAAGGACGUGCUGCGGAGAGGAGACACGAUAGUGGCGGCUCGACGCGAGCGCAUCGACGGCGAAGAUGACGUGUUCUACGAGGAGGAAGCCGGGCCCGAGCCGGAGGGUGCGCCCUCGCAUGUCUCCCGCCGCCCCGACCGGCCGCCGGAACGGUGUGUAGGGUGCGGCGCGGAGGCGGAGGCGGAGGCGGGGGAGGGCGCGCAGUUCGUGUGCGGCUCCGAUAACCGCACGUACUCGUCACUGUGCCGGCUCGACCUGCACAACUGCGUGCGGCGCGCGGCCGUGCGGCUGGCGUGCCGCGGCUUCUGCCCGUGUCGCGCGCCGCCCGCGCCCACAGCGCCCACCGCACCCGCCGCACCCGCCGCACCCGCCGCACGCUCCCACCAGCUCACACAGCUCACACAGCUCGCACAGCUCACACAGCUCACACAGCUCACACAGCUCACACAGCUCACACAGCUCACACAGCUCACACAGCUCACACAGCUCACACAGCUCACACAGCUCACACAGCUCACACAGCUCACACAGCUCACACAGCUCACACAGCUCACACAGCUCACACAGCUCACACAGCUCGCACAGCUCGCACAGCUCGCACAGCUCGCACAGCUCGCACAGCUCGCACAGCUCGCACAGCUCGCACAGCUCGCACAGCUCACACAGCUCGCACAGCUCGCACAGCUCGCACAGCUCGCACAGCUCACACAGCUCACACAGCUCACACAGCUCACACAGCUCGCACAGCUCACACAGCUCUGUUUCCAUAAAUGUUCGUUGCGAGUAUUUCUUACACCGCCUUUCCCUUGCAUGUCUGCGGUGCGGGUGCGGUGCGGGUGCGGUGCGGUGCGGGUGCGGGUGUGUGGUGUGUCAGGGCCCGCGGGCUGCGAGCUGGACCGGAUGGCGGACCGGCUGCUGGACUGGUUCUCCGUGCUGAUGGAGCAGGCGGGCGCCGAGGCGAGGUCUAACGAGAGCGCUCGUGUCGCAGGGUUCCCGCGGGACUGUAAGCCGGAGGUGCGCUGGAUGUUCGCGCACCUGGACGCGGCGGGCGACGGGCUGCUGUCGCGCGAGGACCUGUACGCGCUGCGUCACGACGAGCGCGAGCGCUGCUUGCGGCCGUUCCUGGCGGCGUGUGGUCGCGGCGGCCGACGUGGCGGCGGGCGGGGCGGGGCGCGGGGCGGGCUGACGCGCGCGGCGUGGUGCGGGUGUCUGCGCCGCGCCGCACGUCCCUGCGCCGCGCUCGCUCGGGCGCAUCCCAACCCCAGCCCGGGGGCGUACAUCCCGGCGUGCGACGCGCGCGGGUUCUACCGAGCGCGGCAGUGUCACGGCGCGCUGGGCGUGUGCUGGUGCGUGGACGCGCACGGCGUGGAGCGGCCCGCCUCGCGCACCAAGGGCCGGCCCGCCUGUCCCGAGGAAGACGCGGGGCCCGCCGACGACGAGGACGAGGCGGGCAGCGGCGACAACGAGCUGCGCUUCUAGACCCGCCUCCCCUUCUCCUUCCCCUCCCUCCCCCUCCCUCGACAUGAUAUCUAUCAUAU